AUGGCGGACAACCUCACCUCCUCCGACAGCAACUCAACCACUCUCUCCGAAUUUGACAAGGGACAUGCGGGACACAAGGGGAAACUGACUGAAGACUACUUUCAGUUGAGCGACGAAGAACUCGCUUUCUAUAAGCAAUUCACGAAGAUCGAAGAUGAUGCGGAAAUGAUUCAGCACAUCGUCCGUAUACAGGCUGAAGCCUACGAGGUAUUCCCGUACCCGUGUAUCCGCUGGUUCGACUUUGUGAGACUGAGGAUCACUCACAUUCCGGCGUACGAGCGUCUGCUGAAGCUCGGGCGGGAAAGAGAGGGUGCCCUGUACCUCGACCUGGGGACUUGCUUCGGGAGCGCCAUCCGGAAGCCGGUUCUCGACGGUUUUCCGGCCAAGAACUGCAUAGCGUCCGAUCUUCGCAAAGAAUUCUGGGACAUGGGGUAUCAGCUCUACAAAGACUCCCCGGAAACGUUCCCGGUCCCGUUCGCUCAGGGCGAUGUAUUGGACCCGUCCUUCCUGAAGCCCUUGCCACCGAUUGAUACUCCACUCGAUGACCCCGCUCCAGAACUCUCGCAACUCACUAGCCUCACGCCGCUCGCCGGCAGGCUCUCUGCGAUCCACGCGACGUUCUUCUUCCAUCUCUUCAGCGAGGAGAAGCAGCUACAGAUCGCGCAGUCGCUCGCGGGCCUGCUGUCUCCGCUCCCCGGGUCCAUGGUCUUCGGUUCGCACGUCGCGUACCCGACGAAGGGCACGAUCAUCACUCGUCCCACGGGCGCACCUGUACCCAUGUUCUGUCAUUCGGCGGAGUCGUGGGAGGAGAUGUGGAACGGGACGGUGUUCAAGAAGGGAAGUGUCAAGGUGGAGGCGGAGUUGUCUACGCUUCCGGUGCCCAAGGGUGCCCUGGACCACGAGUACUGGCAGCUGGUAUGGUCUGUAACAAGGGUUUAG